UUGGUUGGUCGAAGGGUCGUCAAGGGUAUAUAGAGCGGUGCACUCCCUCAGCAGGUCCACAUCUUUGCCAGUAUUAGCUCUCAUACUGACCCUUCACCCAACCCAGUCAACCUUGAUCAGAAUGGUGACACCAGCACUUGUGUUGAUGGUGAUAGCAGGUGUGGCGGCUGACAGCUUCCAGGUACCUGCUCAAGCACGGCGACUAGUUACUGAGGACUGUGGUGAAAUCAAUAUGGUGCCAGGAGAGACAAAAGUCAUCCAGGACGAAAGCAACCCAAGUGGAAACUGUAGUCCAAAUCAAAGAUGUCAGUGGACGUUCAACUGUGGACCAGAGAAGUCUACCUAUCUCAAAUUUAGAUGUCCAUACUUUUGCUUAGGGGACAGUACCAACUGUGUGAAGGACCGCCUAAUACUAACGUCCAGGGGCGCUACUGAGAGACAUUGUGGCACAAACUCACCUGACGGCACCAUUACAAGCACCGGCUUCGCUCGUGUCACCUUCAGGGCGAACAGGGCGGUCGAAGACACGGGCUUCAGAUGUUAUGUUUGUUGCUUCGAUAAACCCACUAUUGUUACCAAACCCCCUCCCACUAUUGUUACCAAACCCCCUCCCACUAUUGUUACUAAACCCCCUCCCACUAUUGUUACCAAACCCCCUCCUACUAUUGUUACCAAACCCCCUCCCACUAUUGUUACCAAACCCCCUCCCACUACUGUUACCAAACCCCCUCCCACUAUUGUUACCAAACCCCCUCCCACUAUUGUUACCAAACCCCCUCCCACUAUUGUUACCAAACCCCCUCCCACUAGUGUUACUAAAGGUUAAUCUGCCUGGUGGACUUUUGCGUAAACAAGUGCUUCCAACAUUGACCGUGACUGAUACUGACCGUGACUGAUAUUGACUGUGACUGAUGUUGACCGUUACUGACGUUGACCGCGACUCAUGUUGACCGUGACUGAUGUUGACCGUUACUGAUGUUGACCGCGAAUCAUGUUGACCGUGACUGAUAUUGACCGUGACUGAUGUUGACCGUGACUGAUGUUGACCGUUACUGAUGUUGACCGUUACUGAUGUUGGCCGUUACUGAUGUUGACCGUUUCUGAUGUUGACCGAAACUGAUGUUGACUAUGACUGAUGUUGACCGUGACUGAUGUUGACCGUUACAGAUGUUGACCGUUUCUGAUGUUGACCGUUACUGAUGUUGACCGUUUCUGAUGUUGACCGUAACUGAUGUUGACUGUGACUGAUGUUGACCGUGACUGAUGUUGACCGUUACUGAUGUUGACCGUUUCUGAAGUUGACCGUGACUGAUGUUGACCGUAACUGAUGUCGAUGUAGUCCGUAACUGAUGUUCACCGUGACUGAUGUUCACCGUAACUGAUGUCGAUGUAGUCCGUAACUGAUGUUGACCGUAACUGAUGUUGACUGUGACUGAUGUUGACCGUAACUGAUGUUGACCGUAACUGAUGUUGACUGUGACUGAUGUCGACCGUAACUGAUGUUGACCGUAACUGAUGCUGACCGUAACUGAUGCUGACCGUAACUGAUGCUGACCGGAAUGAAAGAUCUAAUCAUGAUGUUGGUUCAGCAACUAAUACGUCAUACAGCCUAAGAGAGAAGAUACACAAUAAUUAACUUGGCUCUAUGUGUUAACUGAGGCUCACGGGCGUCUGGAGGUUGGAAACCUAGUUCCUCGUUCUUAAAUUUACCCUUAAUAUCGAUAUGUUUGAGGCAGUCACAAGUUCACUACUGACUGAGGCUUUGACUGCAAUACUUACCUGCUGACUACUAUAAACUGCUGAUGCUCAAGGUCAGUUAGGUUAGCUUGGGUUAGGUCAGGUCAGGUCAGCUUAGGUUAGGUUCGUUCUUACUGUGUAGCACAUGGUGACUAGAACCCUGGUUGUGACACUCUUUGAAGUUCACUUUCCCUGCAACACAAAUCAUCUGCUUCACACACAUCUGUUAACACCUCACAUCUGCUUCACACACACGUCUGUUAACACCUCACAUCUGCUUCACACACACGUCUGUUAACACCUCACAU